AUGAUUGAUUCAUUGCCACUAAUCUUCCUAAUUACAUCUUUAAUAAGCUACCUUUCCUACAAAGCUUACAUAUAUCCACUUUACCUUUCACCAUUAUGUAAAAUUCCAGGUCCGCCACCAGAUAAUUUUCUUCUUGGUAAUCUGAUACAGAUAAUUAAAUUAGAAGUAGGAAUUCCACAUAUUGCAUGGACGGAAAAGUAUGGUGGUGUGAUAAUGUAUAGAGGAUUAUUUAAUAAACAGAGAAUAUUCAUGACAGAUGCUAAAGCUCUUCAGCGUGUUAUGACUUCUUAUGAUUAUCCUAAACCACCUGGGUUUAAUUUUGAAUUCAAUUCUCUUACUUCCGAGAACGAAUUAGCAAAAGCUUACACAAUGGUAUUCAUUCCCGAAAAUCGCCGUAGUAUAUUUACCCGUCUCUUAUCAAAUUAUAUUCCUUUAAUAGACAAACUUCCAACAGAAUAUAAUAUUCGUAAAAGAGAAGCAUCACGUAUCAUUGAUCAAGUUUCUACUAAACUUGUUACAGAAAAGUUAGAAAAAGCAAAGCUUGUUCCACUGACUGUACGUACAUCGAAAGAAGAUGAUGUCAUCAAUGGAUACAAAAUUCCGAAGUAUUUAUUUUUAUAA